GCGCCCGUUUUGAAGCUGCCUUGAGCCGCAGCGCGGGCCGGACCGCGCCCCUUUUUAGGGUCCCCGCGCCCCGCGAGUCCGCGGCGUUGCCGGGACGUGGGUUCUGUUCCCCGCGCCGGGUCCCGCAUCGCCGAGGUCCGUUUGAGCGGGACCGAAGCCCCCGGGGCGGGGCGGGGCGGGCGGGCGUCCGGGGGCGCCCCGGGCCCAGCCCCCGCCAUGCCGCCCGGGAAGGCCCUGCAGCCCGUGCUGAAGAUGAAGGUGGACGAGCUGUUCCUGUGCUGGCUCAGCGAGGCCAGCACGCAGCGGAUGCUGCAGGACUGUCUGCGCCGCAUCAAGGCGCCCGGGCGGGACCAGCCGGCCACGGGGGACGCGGAGCAGCCCGCAGCCCCGCCCGCCGCCCCCAGGCCCAGCGGGCUCGACCCCCCGGGGACCCCCGGCCCGGGCCCCGCGCUGCCCCUGGGCGCCGCCUGCAUCCCCAGGAACGCGCCCCACGCUCGAGGCACCCGUAGAUCCGCAGGCACGAGGGUCGUCCAGACGCUGAAGCAGGAACCUCUGCCCCCGGCCACGAGCCAAAGCAUUCCGACCUUCUACUUCCCCAGAGGACGCCCGCAGGACUCCGUCAACGUGGACGCCGUCAUCAGCAAGAUCGAGGGCACCUUCGCCCAGUUCCCCCAGGAGAGGGCCAGCAUGGACGACAUGGGCCUGGUGGCUAAGGCCUGCGGCUGCCCCCUCUACUGGAAGGGGCCGCUCUUCUACGGCGCCGGCGGGGAGCGCACGGGCUCCGUGUCUGUGCACAAGUUCGUCGCCAUGUGGAGAAAAAUCCUCCACAACUGCCACGACGAUGCCGCCAAGUUCGUCCACCUGCUCAUGAGCCCCGGAUGCAACUACCUGGUGCAGGAGGACUUCGUGCCAUUCUUGCAGAACGUAGCGCUGCUGGAGGAGGAGGCGGACAUCAACCAGCUGACCGAGUUCUUCUCCUACGAGCACUUCUACGUCAUUUACUGCAAGUUCUGGGAGUUGGACACGGACCACGACCUGCUCAUCGACGCGCACGACCUGGCGCGGCACAAUGACCACGCCAUUUCCACCAAGAUGAUCGACAGGAUCUUCUCGGGAGCGGUCACGCGAGGCAGAAGAGUGCAGAAGGAGGGCAAGAUCAGCUACGCCGACUUCGUGUGGUUUCUCAUCUCGGAAGAAGACAAGAAGACGCCGACCAGCAUCGAGUACUGGUUCCGGUGCAUGGACCUGGACGGGGACGGCGCCCUGUCCAUGUUCGAGCUGGAGUACUUCUACGAGGAGCAGUGCCGGAGGCUGGACAGCAUGGCCAUCGAGGCCCUGCCCUUCCAGGACUGCCUCUGCCAGAUGCUGGACCUCGUCAAGCCGAGGACCGAAGGGAGGAUCACGCUGCAGGACCUGAAGCGCUGCAAGCUCGCCCACGUCUUUUUCGACACGUUCUUCAACAUCGAGAAGUACCUGGACCACGAGCAGAAAGAGCAGCUGUCCCUGCUCAGGGACAGUGACAGCAGCAGCUCCGAACUCUCGGACUGGGAGAAGUACGCGGCCGAGGAGUACGACAUCCUGGUGGCCGAGGAGGCUGCGGGAGAGCCCUGGGAGGACGGGUUCGAGGCCGAGCUCAGCCCCGUGGAGCAGAAGCUGAGUGCGCUGCGGUCGCCCCUGGCCCAGAGGCCGUUCUUCGAGGCGCCGUCGCCCCUGGGCUCCGUGGACCUGUACGAGUUCGCGUGCGGGGACGAGGACCUGCAGCCGCUGUGACGCCGCCCACGGGGGUCCGCGCGGCCGCUGUGGAAACCGUCCCGUCGUUGUCUUUUGCGGAAAACGCGUGCGUUUGUAUGGAAUGAUAAAUUUUUAUUUAUUCA